GUUAGGUUAUGAAAACGGAAAAACAUCUAAAUAAACUCUUUUAUAAAGUAUACAAAUUAAAUAUACAUAUAGACAUCUAAAGAAACUAUUUUAUGAAAUAAUGUGAAGGAAUUAAGGAAAUAUUACUUUAUUUAAAAUGUUCCACACAAGGAUUUAUAAAAGGUAUUCUUCAUUUAAUAUACUCACUAGAUCAUAUUCAAGAGGCGUUAAAGAUUAUUUAAGAAAAAAUCCUGAAUUGUUAGAAAUAAAACAAUAUAUUCCAGAUAAAUAUCUGAAAACUUCUUCAAAAAUUGCUAAUGAAUAUCUGUAUUUGAUUUGUCCUAACGCAGCUCAUAAAAUUGCUGAUCAUGUAGUUAGUGCAGCUACAGACAAUCAAAUUAUUGCUGAAACUAAUACAGGUUUAGGUCUAAUAACUACAGAACUUCUAGAAAAAGGUAUAAAGAAAGUACGAAUGUAUGAAUCAUGUUCUGAAUUUCGAGUAGAUUUAAAAAACUUUGCAACGGUAUACCCUGGUAGAGUGGAAUUGUUUAUAAAAAAUUUGUUUCACUUAUCAAGAUUUACCUAUAUGGAUAAACAAGAUGGGAUGAAUCGAGUAAGCUCUCUUCUUAAAGGUGUGCCUAGAAAAGCUUGGACUGAUGAUCCAGCUAUAACAGUAAUAGGCACCAUGCCAAAUUUGAGAUUUUUAAGAUAUUUAAUGGCAUCUUUGGCACUUCAAUCAGGACCUGUAUUAUAUGGCAGAAUGCAGUUAUAUGCAAUAAUGAAAAAAACUCAUUAUCAAACAUUGACUGCAACUCCAAAACAAAAUUUGAGACUGUAUCGGCAUACCACAGUACUUUUUCAACUUUUAUUUGAUUAUGAGACAUUGGAAACUUUUCCUAGGAAUAUAUUUUUACCAUGGGAAAAGGUUACACAAAAGCCAAAUUUACAGGAUGAAGAAACGGUUUUAAUAAAAAUUAAUUUCAAGAAGAACUUAGGCAUUCCUACAGGACAAAUAUUGUCGUUGUUUCAUUUUGUUAAGCAGUUUUUCCGUACCGGAAAUAAUAUAGUUAUACCAACAAUGGAAAAAUGGGUACCCGAUUGUGGAUUAAAUAUUUUAAUGCCAAAAUUGGAACAUGAUUUUGACUAUUUUUCUGAUAUCAACAUUUUUACCAAGUUUCGAGAAUUAGAACCUCCACAAAUUUUAGCUCUAUUUAGGGAAAUGAUUAAUACACCAACAUAUGCUGGUAGCCCUUUUACAGCCAUGGUUGAAAAUGAAUUAAUAAAAACUGAAACCACAGAAACAGGUAUAACUGAAGCUGUUUUACAAAAGGCUUUGACAAAGGAUGCAGAAACUCUCAACUAUCAAGAUGACUUUGACUAAAGCCCAAAUAGAAUUGAAUGUGGUUAUCAUUUUUGAAAAGAUACUGCCAAGGUGGAGUUUAUAAGUAUUUGAAAACAAUCUUUUGAGUUAAAUGACUAAAGAAGAAACAUUUUAUAUGAAUAAAAAGCUCAACAAGUUCUGUUUUAAUAAUUUAUUUUAUUAUAUUUGUAAAAUAAAAGAAUCUUAUUAUCUAAUAUUUACUUUUUAUUUAAAUUCUAUCUAAUUUUGAUAGUACUUUCAUCAAAAUACUUAUUAUACUUUUUCCAUCCAUAUCGUUUUUUGGGAUCUUUCUUACUAUUUGCUGGAGUUAGAUUUGGCAUUAAACCUAAAACAGAGCAUAAUUUUCUAAAAUAACACAUUUUAUUUGCAGUGAUAAGGUAAAUAAAAAAGUGGCAAAAAAUAUGUAUCAAUUCUUGCAUAUAUACCAUCAGCUCUUCUCAAAAAAUGAAUAGUUUACAUUGGGAAAAUUGGUAUUGCUGAAAGUUUAAAAGGGAGAUUAAAAAUUGCCAAUCUGAUAAGUUUUAUACAGUGAUGACGUAAAUCAAGUGCCAAUCAACUCUAGUUUUUUUAACAAAUAUCAGGAAGUAAAUGGAAAAAAAUUUGAACACCUGUAAUAAUUUCUAGUUCAUUAUUGUUAUAAUUUAUUAAUUUUGAUGAUGUAAUAGAAUACUUUCUUUUUUAUUUUAUUCAAAAUUGUUGUGUAACAAAAGAGCAGCAUGACCCCUCUUGCUAUUUAAAAAAAUGGAGGAGCCACUGUUAUGUAGAGGGGAUGAAAGAGAGGCAGAUUAAAAUAAUAAACAAAGGGUGUUUUAAAUAACAGUUUACUGGGAAUAAGGAAAUAUCAGGACUGUAUUUUAUAUUUUAUUUCAAAGUGAGUAUAUAAAAAAGCUCUGGCAAUACUGAUUUAAAGGUUUGAAAUGAAACAUGUUCUACAAAGAGGAAUAAAUGAUUAAUCUUAGUGGAGGUUUGUAAGGACUAUAAGGCAACAAAAAAAUAUUACAUGUCCGUUUUUAACUUGUGAU